UUUCAGAUACAUAUUCUGUAAUCUCGACGUCAAUUGGGUACAAAAUCGGUUUAGAUUCGCCGAUUUUUCUUUUUCGAAUUCCGGGUUUCCGUUUGAUAUAGUCUUACAAUGAACACACAAUAUUAUGCGAAUCACAACGGUCAACAACAGCCGCCACAACAACAACAGGGACAAGGCUGGUCAUCCUCGUAUUCUCAACAGAGCAAUAAUAUGCCUGCAGGAGGCGUAUUUUACAACGGAUUCGCCAACGGAACUCCGUCAAACAACGGGUAUGCAAUUCAACAACCUAUGGUCCCAGGGAUGGGGCAGAUGAUGGGUGCUCCUCAUGCUGGAUUUGUUCCUUCUCCUUACUUUCAAGGGCAGCCACAACAGCAGCAGCAUUUCAAAAUGGGCUACUCAGAAAACUUUGAAAACUUCGAUGAGAAUGGAUCGUCUGGGUACAACAACUUCGCCGACAGCGGAAACGGUUUCAACAACAAUGGAGCCGAGAGUAAUCAAUGGGGAGGAGCACCUGCCGAAUAUUCCGAAAGCAAUUUGUUCCACCGUACCGACAGUGGCAUCAACUUUGACAAGUACGAAAAUAUUCCCGUAGAAGUCAGCGGAGACUCCGUUCCAGCAGCCAUCGAGCAUUUCAAUGAAGCUGGUUUUGGGCCGGCUGUGAUGGAGAACGUGAAUCGCAGCGGAUACUCCAAGCCGACUCCUGUCCAGAAACACUCGAUCCCAACUCUUUUGGCUAACCGCGAUCUGAUGUCUUGCGCUCAAACCGGAUCUGGAAAAACUGCCGCUUUCCUGCUCCCAAUUAUUCAGCAUAUUUUGGCUGGUGGUCCAGAUAUGGUCAAGCCGCCAGCGUUCACAAACGGUCGUCGCACUUACUAUCCAUGUGCUCUGGUUCUCUCGCCGACUCGUGAACUUGCCAUUCAAAUCCACAAGGAAGCUACAAAGUUCAGCUACAAAAGCAACAUCCAGACGGCUAUUCUUUACGGAGGACGUGAAAACUAUCGUGAUCAAGUGAAUCGUCUUCGCGCUGGAACGCAUAUCCUCAUUGCUACCCCAGGUCGUUUGAUUGACAUUAUUGAGCAAGGAUUCAUUGGACUCGCCGGAUGUCGUUACCUGGUUCUCGACGAAGCUGAUCGUAUGCUUGACAUGGGAUUUGAGCCGCAAAUCAGAAAGAUCGUUGGCCAAGGAAUGCCACCAAAGACUGCUCGUACCACAGCUAUGUUCAGUGCAACCUUCCCGAAGGAGAUUCAAGUUCUCGCUAAGGACUUCCUCAAGGAUAACUAUAUCUUUUUGGCAGUUGGUCGUGUUGGAUCAACGUCUGAAAAUAUUGAACAACGUCUGCUUUGGGUCAACGAGAUGGAAAAGAGAAGCAAUCUGAUGGAAAUUCUGAUGAACGAGCAUUCUGAAAAUCUGGUUCUCGUAUUCGUUGAGACAAAGAGAGGAGCCAACGAGUUGGCGUAUUUCCUCAAUCGUCAGCAGAUCCGCUCUGUUUCAAUUCACGGAGAUCUCAAACAAAUUGAACGUGAGAGAAAUCUCGAGUUGUUCCGCUCUGGACAGUGCCCAAUUCUUGUCGCAACUGCUGUUGCCGCUCGUGGAUUGGAUAUUCCAAAUGUGCGCCACGUCAUCAAUUAUGAUCUUCCUGGAGAUUCUGACGAAUAUGUUCACCGUAUCGGUAGAACCGGAAGAUGCGGAAACCUUGGAAUUGCCACCAGUUUCUUCAAUGACAAGAAUCGAGGAAUCGGUCGUGAUUUGAAGAAUCUGAUUGUCGAAUCCAACCAAGAAGUCCCAGAAUGGCUUCAUCAAGUUGCUGCAGAAGGACGCAUUGGAGGUGGACAACGUGGUGGAAACCGUCGCUUCGGAGCAACCGACUAUCGUGUUGGUCGUGGUGGUGGUGGAUCGUUCGGAGGAAACUUCUCAAAUUACAAUUCCGGUGGAGCCACUGGUGGUUUCGGAAGUGGACCCGCCUACGGUGGUUCGUUCGGAGGAGGAGCACCACGUCGCCCGUUCACGAAUGGAGGAUUCGGAGCUCAUAGCUCUCUGUCGUCUACCUCUAAUAGUGGUGGCGGUGGCGGCUUCAGUGGCCCAAGAAGAGGUGGCUUCAACAGUGGAAUGAACCGUCAGGGUGGUGGCGGUGGAGGUUUUUACUCAAACCCAGGCCAGGCUCCAAUUGAUCAUUGGCAAGCUCCACAAGCUUAAACAUUAUUCGCAACAAACGGAAAUCCGGAAUUCCACAUUAAAGUCUCGCACCAUACUCCUUUUUUUAUAAUUUAGUUGUCUUCCUUUUUUCCUUUACUCGUUCCAUCCAUAUUAAAAUAAUCAUUUUUUCCUCCUUCUCUUUUUUAUUCUGUCUCCUUCUUUAAAGCGUGGCUUAUUCCUCUCUUUUAUUUCAUAUUAUUCUCUCUGUAAUUGUGUUUUAAUCAUUCAAUUUUUUUUAUCUCAGAGCUUUAAGUGACGAAUAUUUUAAUGGAUUCUAUGCGUGAUCUAGGGUUUUAACAUUGAAUUUUAUUGUAUCCUCCCAUUUCCCCCAAAAAUGUUGUUGUUGCCUGGCAAUUUGUACCAUUGUUUUGUUUCUCUUGGUGUUGUUUUCUUGCAUCAACAAUACCCCGAGAGAAUCAAUGCAGUUUUAUCUCGUAGUUUUGUAGUUUUUCUUAUGGCCGCUGGAUGGCAUCCGAUGCACUACCGCGUCGGGGACUCAGCACGGUUUUUCUCUAUUAUCGGUUGUUUGUAAGCUUUGUUGAAACCCGUUUACAUAGUGCUGCCCGUUGUUGAUUCGUGAUAUUGUGUGUAUUUUUAAUUAAUUUUUACUUGUUCCCCAAUCUGAUCCCAACCAUUCGUCUUGCAAUUAUUCAAUUCUUAACUUGGUAUAGCUGCGGGUGUCUAAUUAUAUUUUCAUAAUUGUUCGCCAGUAUGAUCGUCAGUUUAUCAUUAAAUAAUUGCGAGUUAGGUAUAAAAAGCUUGGUUGCUCUCUUAUGAUAAUGAUCUCCCCCCACCUAUCCCCAAAUCUCUAUCAUUUUUCCCUCCAACUGAUGUUUUUUUUGAGCCAAGUAAUAUUCAUUGUUAGUUGUUUUUUCUCCCUCUAAACAGUAUACACGAAAAUCAUAGAACCAACCAUUUCAUAAUACUCAAGUUGCACUAUCAUAUGCGUCUCGUCAAUAGCUAAUUCCAAACAUUUUCUAGGCCGGUCUAAGCCGUUGAACGUGCAGUCCGUUUCCACGCUUUCUCUUCAAUUUCUAUUUGCCAAUUUCUCCCCAACCAACUGCAUUCUUGUCCAAUAUGCACAAUUUUUCUUUUUUAUUUUCAUCGUCCCUCUCCCAUCAUUUUUCUCUUUCCCUCGUCACGCACUUAUCUCUGUCACUAUGAGAUUCUUAUCUUCUUUUUCCAUCUUGAAUGUUCACUUUCAGCUCUUUGAGAAUAAUCUUAAAAGCCCUUGUGGCCUGACAAAUAGUUGAAUAAACUUGGUAUCUGGUA